AUGCCAAUCGCUAGACGCACUUCAUCUACACAAUCCAAGCUCAAUUUUGGUACAUCCAAAAGUUCACCGGCCGUUGUUGGCGGCAAGAAAGGCAAACACUCUGACAGGAAGGCGUUAGAACUGCGAAAAGUCGAACCGGAAUUCGAAGAUGUGGAGGGGUACUCUAGCUCCUCGAGCUCAGAGCACGAUACUAUCAAAGAAAGAAAUGAAUUUGAAGUGGUCGAACACCCAAUCGCAGUUACCACGCUAAAGAGAAAAAGAAACGGAUUGGGUGAGGGGAAGGAGAAGAAGAAGGCUGGGGUGAAGAACGAAGGACAAGAGGCUCAAGCAGGACCUCAGACCUCAGUUAAAUCAAGUAAGGAAAGAACGGAAUUGAGAGUUCACGAUCCGAGAUGGCGGAAACUGUCCGCUCAAGCCCGAGCGGUAAAUGGGAAUCUUCAACUGGUGCAUGCCGAGAAUCAGAACAAGAUCCACGAUAUCCUCCGUGUGUUUGACUUGUCUUACGAGUACGGGCCAUGUUAUGGAAUCUCUCGGCUUGAUCGUUGGGAGCGCGCAGAAGCCAUGGGUCUCAACCCUCCUCCUGAGAUACAUGCUAUUCUCUCAACCCGUCAAGGCGUCGAAGAUACACAAUAUGCACAAUGUGUGUUUUUUGACCAAGCCGAACGGAUAUAG